GUCACCAACCAGGUGAGUGAGCGGCCGCCCCGCCCUGUCCUCCACCGGCCCGCCUCCUACGGCCGCGAGACCUUACCACCCUGAGCCUUCCCCGUGUCUCCCCCAGUCCUGUGUCGGCGAGGCGAUGACCUUCAGUCCGCAUCCCUGCAUUGCUGCUUCUCCUUUGCACCUGAGCUGGUAGCCGUUGCCGUUGUUAUGUAUCUUCACUAGCCCAAACUUGUAGAUUUCCAGUGGAAACUGGGUAUGGCUGUGAGCUCAGACACUUGCAGAUCGCUUAAGUAUCCUUAUGUUGCAGUGAUGCUAAAAGUGGCAGAUCAUUCAGGCCAAGUAAAGACCAAGUGCUUUGAAAUGACGAUUCCACAGUUUCAGAAUUUCUACAGACAGUUUAAGGAAAUUGCUGCAGUUAUUGAAACUGUGUGAAGACGGAUUAUUUGGUUGGUAAACUGCUAUCAUUUUAAAGGCAUGGACUUCACUUUCUGCAACAAAACCGCAUAAGAAUGAAACAUGUAUUGAAUGAAAAAUGUACUUUUGCUUUUCCAUUUUUUUAAAUAAUAAAAAAAGUCAAACAGGAA